AUGUCGGAUACCCACGGGCAGUUCGACUCCGUUUACGGGUCAAAUCGCCCUGACUCCCAGCAAUACAAUCUACCUCACCGUACGAACGCCCCCAAGCCACAACUGCCCAUGAUUGAUCAUGCCGCCAAUGGUCCAUGGCAGCAUCCAGGCUCCGCAUAUUCACCACGCCUACCCGUCGCCGCGGCUCCGACCGAGGAAUACGCAUAUGUCUACCCCGACCCUAUCGAAGCGAUGAGCCCGCCCCAACACCCGUAUUUCUGUCUUUCGCGUUAUGCACCUAGCGGUCACAAUCAGCACAACUGCAUGACCACGCCUGAGCGACAAGCAACGCCAAUCUGUUGCUCUCUGUACGGUACUGGGCAGGUUGACCGGGAGAUUUCAGCCUUGAACCAGCAUGGCGAGAAUCUUCCCCAGGAUGCCGUGGUGAUGCCUCUUCUCGGCAUGUGCGAACCCCUGGUACUCGUCCCUGUAAAGGAGGAGAAAAAUGCAGCCCACGACCAGCCGCCUUUGAAAAGCUACCAAUGUACCCGGGUACCUAUGUAUGUUAUUAUUGGCACUUGGAUUGAGCAGUCGAAGUACCUCCUUUCUCUAUUCAAGUGCUCAUGUCCGCCAGGUGCUCCGCUCCUAUUCCUCAACUGCCGCUUCCUCAGGCCGUUAUACACCAUAGUCGCCAUUACUCUCAACAUCCCAGAUACAUCCUCUACAGCAUCGCCGCUCGUCUCUACUCCCAUCCACUUAUCACCACCCAUCACCACCCAUCCCCUGGCUGCACCCAUCGUAUAA